AUGCCCAAACACGAUCCCUCAGACUCGGAACACGAAGAAACCUCCGAGAACUCAAGCUCAGAGUCAGACGAGGCGGGAAAGCCCAGCAAUGGCCAAAAAGACCGAGUGGGAUCAUCAGUCUCAGAGUACGAGAAGCAGAGGCUAUCGAGAAUUGCAGAAAACAGGGCAAGAAUGGAGGCUCUAGGUCUGCCUAAAAUUGCUUCUUCCGUAAUGGGUUCGGGCCAGAAUGGGAAGAGAAAGAACAAGAAGGUGCAGAAGGGGAAAGCCAAGGUCUUUGAGGACGAUGAAGAGUAUAGGCCUGAAGAGGAGGAAUCUUGUUCAUAUUCCAGCCAGGAGGAAGCUAUGGAGGAAGAUGAUGACGAUGAUUAUUUGGGUGAAAAAACAUCUGGGUCACGCAGAAAAAAGAAUAAAGGUUCAAAAUCUAAAAAGGCUCUUCCCCGAAGUAUUUUGAGUAACAAAGAUUGCAUCGAUGAUGAUGAGGCGUUGAAGCAGGCAAUUGCUAUGUCAUUACAAGGGUCGGUAGAAGUUUCAGCUGUGGCACAUAGUGGGCCUUUACAGCGCUCUAAUGUGGAUAAUGCUAAGGUUAACGAAAGAAAGGGAAACAAUCAGAUUCCAGAAGAUACAGGGAGGAAGAGGAAGAAAUCGUUUGCUAGUCGGCUGCAGAUGACAGAGGAUGAGUUGGUUUUGCACUUCUUCCAGUUUGAUGAGAACUGCAAUGGAGGACUUUCUCUACGGGAUUUACAAAGAGUAGCAACUGCUCAUGAUUUUAUGUGGACUGAUAAGGAGUUGGCUGACAUGAUUCGCUGUUUUGAUAGUGAUGGUGAUGGGAAGCUGAGUUUGGAUGAGUUUCGGAAGAUUGUUGUUCGUUGCAACAUGAUAAAAGAGCCUGAACAGUCUUGA